AUGGCGUCUUCUUCUGUCAAAAUUGAAGGUUUAUUGGGAAUGCUAACGAUCCGAUUACAAGAAGAUAAUUUUGCAAAGUGGUCAUUUCAGUUUCAAUUUGUCUUGGAAGGAUAUGAUUUCUUUGAUGGCAUUAAUAUUUGUCCACCAAAGUAUGUGAUUUCUCUAGAAGCCAUUGAGUAUGUGGUUGGUUGUAAGACCGCUCAUGAAGCUUGGACCAGUCUUACUGAUAGAUAUGCAACAGUAUCUCGAGCAAGAAUCAAUCAUCUCAAGACUGAACUUCACACUAUUAAGAAGGGUGCUGACACUAUUGAGAAAUACUUGCUGCGUCUUAAAGGUUUAAAAGAUCAGUUACUUGUUGCAGGGGAAACUGUUUCAGACAAUGACCUAAUUGUAGCCUCUUGGGUUGGGUUGCCAUUUGAGUACAAUAUGAUUAAAACUACGAUUGUGGCCCGAGAGUCUUCCAUUACACUUAAAGAGUUUCGUGCACAGCUUUUGAGUGCUGAGAAAACUGUAGAAGAAGUUCAAGGUGGUCUUCAAUUCCCUAUGACUGGCAUGUAUUCACAUAGAGAAUCUUCCAAUGCUGCAACUCAACGAGGACAAGGGUUUAAUGGUGGAUAUGGAGGUGAUCAGUAUUAUCCAGAAGUGUCUUCAAAUGCUGUCUUUCAUCAUGGAUAG